GCUGUCACAAAGCUUUUCUUCCGCUGUUUCCCUUGCCCGGAUUCUAUUCUAAACCCCAGCUAAUACGCCAGGCGGUCGCGGAGCCAAGCCCUAGGCGAGGCAAACGCACUGACCAACUGCUUCUCUUCCCCUCUCGUCGUGGUCGUCGUCCAAUCCCUGCUCGUCUCCCAGUCCCCCCCUUCGCGGUCCGAUCGGAAUUACGGCGUGAGGUUCCCCAGGGUAGGGUUUUGGCCGGAGGAAGUAAGGGAGAGGAGCAGGGUGAAGGCGGUGAGGAGCCAUGGCGAGCGACGUGCCCAUGACCCCGGAGCUCGAGCAGAUCGACGGCGAGAUUCAGGACAUCUUCCGCGCACUUCAAAAUGGGUUUCAAAAGAUGGACAAGAUUAAAGAUUCAAAUAGGCAAGCUAAACAAUUGGAGGAUCUUACAGGGAAAAUGAAGGAGUGCAAGCGCUUGAUCAAAGAGUUUGAUCGUACUCUCAAAGCCGAGGAGUCCAAGAACCCUCCUGAAGUUAACAAACAGCUAAAUGACAGAAAGCAGUAUAUGAUCAAAGAGUUGAAUUCCUAUGUCACCUCGAGGAAGACAUAUCAAAGUACCCUUGGUAAUAACAAGCGGGUCGAGCUCUUUGACAUGGGUGCUACAAGUAGUGAGCCUGCUGCUGAGGACAAUAUUCAAAUGGCAUCAGCUAUGACGAACCAACAACUCAUUGAUUCUGGAAGAAACCAAAUGGAUCAAACAGAUGAAGCUAUUAUACGUUCAAAAAUGGUUGUUGCUCAAACUCUUGACGUUGGAGCUCAAACUGCUACAACAUUAACGCAGCAGACAGACCAGAUGAAGAGAAUUGGCGAUGAGCUUGAUUCUGUUCACUUUUCGCUGAAGAAAGCUAGCCAGCUGGUGAAAGAGAUUGGCCGUCAGGUCGCAACUGACAAAUGCAUCAUGGCGUUGCUUGCUGUGAUAGUUUUUGGUGUUAUUGCAAUUAUUGUCGUUAAGAUUGUCCACCCGCAAAACAAAAACAUACCAGACAUCCCAGGAAUGGCUCCGCCAGCUCAAAACUUCCAGACUAACAGGAGAUUGUUGUCAGCAAACGCUUUCGGAGGUCUUUGAUGAUUGCUUGAGGUACCUUCGUGCUGCAGUACUCGGUCCGCAAAGCAACUUCUAGUGAGCCACGAGAUACGUUGUAACAUUUUUUUUUGCGCCUGUAUAUUUGUUUCUUGUGUGUAUAUAUGCAUUAUGCAACAGAGAUGAGAUCUUUAACGAGUCCAUAGGAACACGUGAGUUACAGUUUACCCCCGCA